AUGCAAAGACUUUAAACUGGGACAAAUAUGGCUAUAUAUAUGUAAGGGCAAAAAAACACAAAAGAGAGACGACAAUUUAGAGAAAACAAAUUAAUGUUAACCUCAAGGACAUGGAUCAUCUCUUCAGGCUUAGUCGGAGCCAUAUCACUGAUGCUUCGAUCGGUUUUUAACUUCUCCUUCACCGGAGCUCGCUUCCUUCUCCCUACUAAUUUACACCCUAUUUUCAUCAUCAACGGCAUCAUCUUUGCCCUCGCAGCCUCUACUUCACUCUUCGGAAACGGACCAGACUCUCCGGCCACAAACCAUCACCAUGAUGAUGAUACGUAUGAUUACGAACAGGACCAUCAUCACGACCAUGAUCGUGACCGUUCUUCUAAUAACUCAUCCACUUCUUCGUUUGAUCAAAACAAUAAUAAGGUUCACGAGAAAGAAAAUUUUCCAGUGAGAUCAGAGAGUGGAGGAUCUUAUGGGGUUUCUUCUCCGGAGGUUCGUUUUUUUCCAACGGCGCCGGAGAAGCCCGUCGGUCUCCGACGUCCACCUACUGUUCCUGUAAAGACUUUUCCACAAGACAAUACAUCGGGGGACGAGAGCGAGACCAUGGAGGAGAUGUGGGAGAGAGUCAAAGCCGAAAAGCAACCAAAGAAACCUAACUCGUUGCAAGACCACGUCAUAUCCAGGGGAGACACAAAAAUGUCAACAUCUUCAUGGCCGUUGCCGUCACGUUCACCGUCACGAGCGAGGAGGCCUACUCCUUCGUUGUCUUCGCUAUCACCGUCAUCGUCGCGAGCAAGGAGGCCUCCUUCAUCUCCCGCGCGGCCGGGAAAGAAGUUGAUGGAGAGGAUUCCGUCGUGGGUGAAGUUGAAAAAAGAGUUAUCAAUGGGAAGAGAGGAGCUCAAUUCACGAGUGGAAGCCUUCAUUACAAAAUUCAAGGAUGAGAUGAAGUUGCAAAGGUUGGAGUCUGUAAGACGUUACAAGUCUUUCCGUGGUCACAACGAUGAAAAGUAAGAAAGUUGAUAUAAUUAUGUAACGGAGACUUGUCUUCAUUUUGUAUCAUAUAUGGUUAGAUGUGUAUGUCUUUAGAUUUAAUUAUGUAAAUCUUGUGACCAAAUCUGCAUAUUACUACAUUCAUCUUGAUUUUACAUUUUUUACUUGAUCCCAUUAUCCAAAGUGAGUAUGUAUCUCAAUCUAUAAUCAUAUUGGAAGUUCAAGAUUGAUUU